CCCUCUUCCCCCACCUCUGCUGGGGUUGGGGGGGCUGCGAGUCCCAGAGCUGCUGCCUUCCCUGACCCCCCAGGCUCUGCUCCCCUGAGCGCCUGCAGGAGCCAAGCCAGCUACAGCCGGGCAGUUCCUGAGUUACAUUCAGUCCGUUCCGCUCUCCCCCAGCUACCAUUGAUCAGCUGUUGCUUCCCACCCAGUUCCCACUCCGGCGCUCUGGAUUUCAGCUCCCCCUCCCCCUUGCAGCAAUCCCCCCCUUUCCACCUUCCUCAUUCUGCCUCCACCCAGGGCAGGGGCGUGGGGUGGUGCGAAGUGGCUGGUGCUUUUUGCUGGUGCUGCUUUAUUUCCCCAGCCGGACAAAGCUGUGGCGGGCGGUGCUGUGCAGAGCGGCAUUACUGAUAACCCAGCGAUCCCUGGAGAGCAGGAACAGCAGCUUCGGAGGCCGGGGGGGCAUUGCCACCCCUACACUGGCUCACCCGGCAAAUGCCCCAGCCAGGCCCAGCUCCGUGCCCUGCGGGUGGGGCUGGUACUUCAGGAGGAAUUUGCUCUGCCCCAACCAGCCAGGGACACAGACCGUUACUUCAACUUCCUGCUUCUUUUGUACUUUCAGUUCUGAAAGGAGUGGAAGGCCCAGACGGGGAGGGGGCUCGGCCCAGUCCAUUCAGCUACAAAUGUAACAAAAAUAACGAGGAAGGGUCCGGUCUCAAACCCUCCGGCUUCAUGACCCUGUGUGUUGAAAUGGUGCUGCAGCCUCUAGCAAGUUAUAAUGAAGAGGACGAUUUUCUCAUUCUUUCAUGGCUUCACUGUGAGCUCCUCGCUGCCUGGAUACGUUGUUUUCUUCAUUGCUCUGCACAUUCACAAUUUGGCAUCAGCACAGUUUACAGUGACUGGACCUGACCAUCCAAUCACCACCUCCGUAGGUGGGGAGGCCGUCCUGCCCUGCCACCUCUCCCCCAGGAUGAGCGCUGAGAACAUGGAGGUGCGAUGGUUCCGGUUCCAAUAUCAUUCAGUUGUCCACCUGUAUCAGGAGGGACAGGAUAAGUAUGAAGAGCAGAUGCUGGAAUAUCACGGGAGGACAGAGCUGCUGAAAGAUGGCAUCACUAAUGGGAGUGUUUCCCUGAGAAUAUACCAGGUCCAGCUCUCUGAUCAUGGGCAGUAUACAUGCUUUUUUCAAUACAGUAUAUUUUAUGAAGAAGCCAUAUUGGAACUGAUGGUAUCAGCUAUGGGCUCGGACCCCCACAUCUCUGUUGAUGGUCACCAGGACGGAGGAAUCCUGGUUGUGUGUCAAUCGGCUGGGUGGCACCCAGAACCUGAGGUUCAGUGGAAAGAUCACCAUGGGAAGCUGCUAUCACCUGCCUCUGAAAAAAUAUCCAAGGAGACCAAUGGCCUAUUUCAAACUCAGAUUUCUAUUGUUAUAACAGAAGAUUCCAACCGGAAUUUGUCCUGUUCUGUCAGGAACCCGCUCGUCAACCAAGAGAAAAUAUCAACAGUUUUCAUAGCAGAGCUGUUUUUCCCAAGGGUCAAUCCCUGGAUGGUGGCUCUGGGUGUGAUCCUAGCUCUCCUGGCUCUUCUGAUUGCCCUGGCCAGUUACUGCUUCUGGAGGCAACACAGAAUGAAAGAGAUGCUGCGAUCUGACCUGGCGAGACAGAAAGAAGAACAUCGUGAAGAAAAAGGGAAACUCUUCACUGAAUUGGGGCUUGGGUUGAGAAGAGCCCAGCUAUAUGCAGUGGACAUGACUCUGGAUCCAGACACGGCAAAUCCCUGGCUCGUCCUGUCUGAGGAUCGGAAACAUGCGAGAUACGGAGACACACGCCAGGAUCUGCCCGACAACCCUGAGAGAUUUGAUCCUUUUCCCUGUGUCCUGGGCACUGAGCGGUUCAUGGGCGGGAGGCAUUACUGGGAGGUGGAGGUGGGAGACAAGACUAGAUGGACUCUGGGGGUUUGUAGGGAAUCUUUGAACAGGAAGGUCACACCCACACCUGGGAAUGGAUGCUGGGUCAUGUGGCUGAGGGGUGGGGAAUACAAGGCUGGCACCUCCACCUCUCCCCUCAUCCCCGUGAGCGUCCGGCCCGGCCGGGUGGGGAUUUUCCUGGACUAUGAGGCGGGCGAGGUCUCGUUUUACAAUGUGACUGACGGGUCCCAUCUCUUCACUUUCACUGACACCUUCUCCGGGACGCUCCGCCCUUAUUUAUAUCCUGGUCACAAAGCUGGGGGUACAAAUGUGGCUCCGCUGAUAAUCUGCCCGGUCCCAGCUCAGGUCGGAGGGAAUCUCUGUCCCUGACAGUGACCCCUGCAGUGGAGACUGGCCCCUCCCAGCACUGCUGCUCUUCCCCCCCCCCACCCCCCCCCACCCCCAGUAGUGGACGCCAGUUACUGAUGGCAACUGGACUUUUUUGCUGACUGGACACUGCCAGUUUCCCUUUUCAACUGGAGGUUCCAGUCGAAAACCGGACACCUGGCAACCCCUAGCCCUCAUCUUUCCCCGUCCCCUGCCCCAGAGGUAGCAGAUGGUGGUGGAUGGGGUCAUUCACUCCUGUCAGAAUUUUCUACCCCUUGUGAAAUCUCAGUGUAAAAUAUGAAACAAAAAAGAUUAUUCUAAUUUAGAAAAUAUUAUUGUAACAAGGUGUAAAUACAAGAUUAUUUUAAUUUACAUUUCAACAGUAUUUCAAAAACAAACAUCUAAACAUAUUUUUAGAAAUGGAAUUAUUUACAUUUAUUUUUUGAUUCCUCCCUCAAAUCUAUAUUGAAGUUUAACUUCUCUAAAUAACAUCAUUUGUAUUUCAACUGUGGAAUUUCAAAAAAUCCAAAAUAUUUAUCUUAACAAAAUAAACUAUUAAAUUGUCAGACUGGGUGGUUCAGUUACAAUGUACGUGUGUCAAAAACAUCACAGCUACACACAUGUGCAGCUGCUCUGUCUCUCCCCCUCUCUUUAUUGUGUUGACUGGUUCUCUCUGGAAGGCAGGGCACAUACACCCACCCCCUGCACUACAUCUUUGAAAAUUAAUAGGUGAAAAAAUGAUAGAAUUAAUUAAGCAAUAUAUUUAAAUUAACUCACACAAGAUUAUAUAAUAUUCUUUGAAGUUCUGUCAGCAUUAAUUCAUGUCAUUUUUAAAUUUGUAGCUACAUAUAAUCGGUAAUCAAGAUAUGAUCCUUCCUUUCUUUUUCUUACAUCAAUAAACAAAACACGGUCCCCAACCUCAAAUGUUCUCUUGCUGUAUACAGAAAUCUCUUCUACAAUCUCAUUUUUUUUGUUUUAUUUUUCUUUAGAAAUAUUAUUUGCAGGCAAUGUACUGUCAGUGUCCACUGUUGUUUUCAAUGUAUGGCUGGGCUUUUCAUGUUCUUGGUUAUAAGGACACAACGAAUGUAGUUUGGUAAAGAAAUAGAGAAGAGGUUGUAUUCCUUCACUGAAUCAUCACAAAUUAACUUAAUUGUAUUGAAGACGCUGGCACUUAAUGACACAUAACAUGAAAUCUGGUGAAGCUUUAUUGGGAAACCUUUCUUCUCGGCCACAAAUCAGUCAAAAGGGUGAUAUUUUUGUUGUCAUGUGAGGUUUAGAGUACAAAGAAAAUAAAGUUGCUCCAGGAAAUUCAUCACAAUUCCUCUGGGUUCUGGCCACCACCUUCUGGAAUGCUCUGUAAAAAUAGUGACCGAUUGGUCUAAUUCCUUGAAAUUAGCGAUUGAACCUAAUUUCUGGAAGAGCUGGCUGAGCGGAGUGUGAGGGGAGGCACAUCACACGGCAUUUCUAGGACUACUUUUUGUUUUAAACGUGAUGCGUUAUGAACAUUUUCAAUGUCAUAAUUCAGUUUU